UCUGGAUAGUUCUGGACCACAUCAGCUGACCCGGAUCCGAUUGAUGGCGCGGCUUCCUUUAAGUUUUCCUUUCACACAUGAAUUAGGAAAGCCGACUUGUAAUUUGUUCUGUCUUAUUGCCCAAGCCAGCACCUAAAGUCUAACUCUUAUAUAUAACCAUGAAAACUCCAUACCGGGGAAACAGAAAAAGAAAAAAAUCUGUCAAGGAAGAGAAGAAAGAAAAGCAAAGGAGAAAAACAUGGGAGGAGGAACAGAAGCUUUUCCAGAUUUAGGAAGCCAUUGCCAACAUUUUGAUNCCCAUAGUAGUUUUUUUUUACCCUCUUUUACCUCUAUUCAAUCUUCCGUGCAGGUAUUUUGUGUAGAGCACAGAUCAUGCAAGUCUCAUGAAUGCCCAAAAUCCGAUAUUAACAGCCGAAAAGUUUUGGUUUGCGAAAUCUGUUCCAUGUCUAUUGAAACCACCGGCUGCCAAGGUGAAGAUGAUAAAGCGAUAUUGCAAAAACACGAGAAAUCUGGGGAUUGUGAUCCCAAGAAGAAGAAGAAACCUACCUGUCCUGUGAAGAGAUGCAAGGAGAUUUUGACAUUCUCAAACACCAGCACUUGCAAGAGUUGCAGGAUUCAAGUUUGCCUCAAGCAUCGGUUUCCUGCUGAUCACGCCUGCAAACGGAAUUCUUCAUUAUCCCAGCCGUCAGUUAAUAACAAGUUUUUGAUUGCUCUGGCUGCAAGGAGUGGGAAUGAUUGUGGGAAUAAAAACCGCACAUCAACUUCACGCCCCACCACACCUUCUGUUAAAGCUUGUUGAUUGUUUCAGAGAGAUUGCUAUACAUUUAUCAAUUGUCAUUUGCAAUUAUUACUAUCAUUUUAAGUGCUCAUUAA